CUCGAGUCCCUCUGCAGAACCCUCCCCAGUCCCCACAAUGGUCCGGAAGCGCAGAUGCAAAGCCAAAACCGAAACACCAUCUUCCUCCACCCCGCCGCCGGUAGAGCCUAAGACUACGCCGGCCAUCGAUGCCCUCCCGGAGGACCACCUCCGCGACAUCCUCCGCCGUCUCUCCCCGGCCGACCUCCUCCGCGCCGCCCUCGCCUGCCACCGCUGGCGCCGCCUGGCCUCACGUUGCCGCGCCCGCGCCCCUCCUCUCCUCGGCUACUUCGUCCACCCCAUGGAAACCGAGCGAACCCACGACGACGCCGUGUUCGUUCCCCUCGACGCCUCCGUCCCGCGCCUCUCCCUCGACUUCGCCCCGGACGCCUCCGACUUCCAGCUCUACGACUCCCACCAGGGCCUCCUCCUCCUCCAACCGGCCGUCAACCUCCCCAAGGGCAUCCUUCCCCGCUUCCUCGUCCUCGACCCGGCCACCCGCCGCCGCGCGCUCCUCCCGCCGCCUCCACGCGGCACGGUGCCCGACGACCGCGUUUGGCGCAAAUCCAGGCACUACGUCGGCUCCGCGCUCCUCUCCCGCGCGCACCCCAGCAAGCUCUGCUUCGAGGCCAUCUGCUUCGCCAUCGACGAGGGCCACCCGCGCGCCUGGGUCGCGUCCGUCGACGACGGCCACUGCAGCUGGCGCGCGCUCCCGCGGGCCGUGGACAUCUCCGUCGAUUUCCACCCCUGGUGGUUCGAGGGCCGCUGCGUGCACGCCGCCGGGAAGAUCUACUGGCACAUCUGCAACUCCACCGACCGCAUCCUCUCGCUGGACCCUUCCACGCUCCAGUUCUCCUACCUGCCGGUGCCGGCCGAGGUGGGGUACAAUUUCUCAAAGUACCGUAUCGGCGAGACGCCGGAAGACGGGCGGCUUUGCAUGGUCACCGAGGGCGACAGCCAUGUGCAGCUCUGGGUGCGCGGGGAGUCCAGGUGGAGCGACAAAGGCUGGGACCUGGAGAGGAACAUUGUGGACAUGCGCGCGCUCUGCAACAUGAUCCCUGGCCUGCCAAGCGACCCGGAGAUCAGGACCCUUAACGUCUGGCCCAGCGACAUGGACCCCGGUCGCUCAGGGAAGGUUUUCAUCAACACGCUCGGCAGCGGGCGCUACUCGUUCCAUCCGGGUACGGGCAAGCUGGAGCGCCUGUCCACGGAAACUGGCAAGGAUUAUGGACACCCCAUCUUCGCCUACUUCCUCGCAUGGCCGCCCGCCUUCCUUGCUCCAGAGUACUGAUGAAUUCGGUUAUCUGGUGGCGACUCGUAUGUCCUAAGGCAUUGGUGCAAGUUUGUUUGAAGUCAUAUAGAUCCUUUCAUUUCCAGUUCUGGUCACUAUUUGCCCUUCAACCUGCACGCCAAAGAGCUCUGAGCAGUGUGGUAUGUGUUUGUGUGCUGUAUGAGGCUGUUUAUGCAAUUUGUUGUUGCCAUGCUAUCUAACCAUCGAUCGGGCAAGACGAUAUUUGGUGAGACAUAUGUUCAGUAAUAGCUAUCUCAUUUCGAAUUUA